AACAUCAUCGCUGGCAGAGACCGAAGAUCUGGCUUAUACCAUUAACCUAAAGUGAUUUACGGCCCCGUAAUGAUACGUCACUUAUUUGAUACCUUGGUUGGUAUUUGAAAUGGUCUUAGAGGCAGCCCCUAAACUAUGGGAUUUCAGAACUACUGAGGGCACUUUCACAAAAGGAGGGAAAAGGGGCCGGCAUCGAGAACAAAAGAAAAGGAUUGAGCUUUUGAAAAGCGGAUCGGUUCUUUCGGACUCAGCGGGGUGCAUGCUGCCCCCUCAACUGGACGUCCUCUUUUGUGCGAGCAAGAGAAAAUAAAAGCAGGCAUGCGCAAUAAACUGAGAGAGUUCCGGGAUGGGGGACGACCCAUGCUGGGGCAGAGGGACAGGACUCUUCUGGUGCUGCUGAUCACAAUGGUGCUGACAGUAACGGAAGUGUGGGCUUCCUGGGAUCAGAACCCAAUGGACGUUUUAGGCGAUGUAAGGCAGCUGGAGGCUUCUAUGCACUCUGUGGUGCUGUCGGACAUACGUGAAGUGGAAGCGGCGGUUGCAGCGAUGUCGCAGCCCAGCGGCUUCCCAGACUCCUCAGCGGUGGUGGGCAGGGUGUUCCAAAUGCUGGUGCCCAUCAAAGCAAAGAACUCCAGGAACACCGUAAAGAUCACAGAAGCAAGCAAGGAUGUGCUCCCAGCAUGGUUGCAUUGGGAUGCAGAGACUGGCACACUUCAAGGCCUUCCUCUAGAGACAGACAAGGGUGUUCACUACAUAUCUGUUUCUGUUUCCAAUGAGAGCCAAGUCUCCCAAAGCCCAGAUGUGUUCUCCAUUGAGGUGCACCCAGAAGAUCAUGCUGACACAGAUCCUUUUCAGCUUGCAAUUCAGCAGUCAGCCAGCAAUGAUGCCCAACCUUUCAUCUGUGGCAAUGAGGAGCCUGUUACUGUGCUUACCGUCAUUCUGGAUGCUGACCUCACAAAGAUGAGCUCGAAGCAGAGGGUGGAACUACUUGCCAACAUGAAAAAGUUUUCUGGCAUGGGGCUUCAGCACAUGAAGGUUUUGCCUGUGGUCAACAACCGUUUGUUUGACAUGUCUGCUUUCAUGGCAGGACCAGGAAAUGCCAAGAAGGUGGUUGAAAACGGAGCCCUUCUGUCCUGGAAACUUGGCUGCAGUCUGGAUCAGAGCAGCAUUCCUGAUAUCAGUAGUGUUCAGGUUCCAGCAAAAGAAGGAACCAUGUCUGCACAGUUGGGAUAUCCAGUCGUUGGAUGGCAUAUUGCUAACAAAAAGCCCCAUGUACCCAAAAGGGUGCGAAGGCAGCUCAACAACACCCCCCCUCCCAUUCCCUCAUUACUCCCCCCAACAACUUACCCUGAGCCCCCCAUCCGUAUUGUUCCCACACCGACCUCUCCUUCUAUUGCUCCUACCUCGGACAGUUCUGCCCCACCUGUUCGUGGUCCUGUGCCACUUCCUAUGAAACCUACCAUUCGAAACCGAGAUCCCAUUGCCUACACUCCAACCUUAGGCCCCCCACAGCCAACACGAGUUAUGGACACCACCAGCACUAUCACCAUCCAGCCCACCAUGACCAGGCCUGUAUAUGUUGGAGCCUCUGUGACCCCAGCAACACCCACCACCAGGAAACCGACAAAAAGACCUGGAAAGAAACCCAAGACAACCCCAAUACCAAGAGAACCCAAGACCACCACAACAAAUCCACCAAGGCGCACCACACCCCCUGUUAUCCCGAUUGAUGGCAAUAUAAAACCUCAGCUGCGUAACCCAAUUGAUCAGGUGAAUGCCUAUGUUGGCACCUACUUUGAGGUGAAGGUUCCAUCUGAUACGUUUUUCGACAAAGAGGAUGGAACUACCGAUAAGUUGAGACUUACUUUGCGCAAAGGCAGUGAUGUGGUUGGAGAUGAUUCCUGGAUACAGUUCAAUAGCACAAGCCAGCUGCUCUAUGGAUUACCAGACCAGGAGCAUGAAGGAAAACAUGAGUAUUUCAUGCAGGCAACUGACAAAGGAGGUCUCUAUGCAAUAGAUGCCUUUGAGGUCCGUGUCAAUCGAUGGGGAAACAGUGUUAAGACACCGGUGUUGUUUACUGCUGUGUUUGAAGGGGAUGCACGUACAGUCACCAAUGAUAUUCACAAGAAGAUCCUUCUUGUCAAGAAACUGGCCCAGUCUUUCGGUGAUCGCAACAGUAGCACUGUUACACUGAAGAACAUAAUGAAGGGCUCUAUCAUAGUGGAAUGGACCAACAACAGCCUUCAGCAAAGCCCCUGCCCAAAAGAGCAAAUACAACAGUUGAGCAGAAAAAUCUCUAAUAAUGAGGGUAGACCCUCUCAACAAUUCAUGCAUGUUAUGGAACCAGACUUCAGGGCCUUAAAUAUCACCGUCAGAGGCACGGCAAGCUGUCGCAACUACAUGUUUGUCCGGUUAGGUGAGAUCCCAGAUCCGACCACCUCUCCUGUUACUCCCGCUGUAGGCGCGGGAAGACAGAGCAAUGAUGAUGUGUAUCUUCACACCGUCAUACCAGCAGUGGUGGUUGCAGCUAUUUUGCUGAUAGCUGGAAUCAUUGCCAUGAUCUGCUAUCGCAAGAAGCGGAAGGGUAAGCUGACUAUCGAAGACCAAGCAACUUUCAUCAAGAAAGGAGUGCCCAUUAUUUUUGCGGAUGAGCUUGAUGACUCUAAGCCACCCCCAUCUUCCAGCAUGCCUCUUAUCCUUCAAGAGGAAAAGCCCCCGCUUCCUCCACCAGAGUAUCCUAACAUGGCUAGUCCAGAGACAACACCUCUAAACCAGGAUCUUUUGGGAGAGUACACACCUCUACACGACGAGGAUCCUAAUGCUCCUCCCUACCUGCCACCACCACCUUUCUCUACCCCAAUGGAGGGGAAAGGAUCCCGUCCUAAGAACAUGACCCCGUACAGAUCUCCACCUCCUUACGUGCCACCCUAAUGUUUGCAGAAACCUCCGGAGCAGGAGGAUGGGGAACUUUUGGAGUUCCACACCAGUGUGUUGUUUCUUUGCAUUAUGGGAUUUUUAGAAGGGGGAGGGGUGCUGCAAAUGGGGGUUUUGGGUUCGAAUGUGAUGGGAAUAUUUUGUUAAACUGGACUCUUAAGGAGAUGUGGGAGGGUGGGGCAAGUGGAUAGUCUGCAAAGGACAGCAAAAACAACCUCAGCCUCUGACUACUCUGGUUAUUGUUAAACUGUUGGGGAUAUAUCCUCCAGUCCUGGCGCUUUUGUGUCUAGAUGGGCUUUUUGACUAAUUAUUGGUUUUGUUUUGAUUUUUUUUUGUUUGUUUUUUGUUUAACUUUUUUCUGACUCAGAAUCAAACACCUUGCCUAACAGCACUCUUUCUAUCUUCUGAAUUUGUUAAUCUUGAAUAAUAUAAGCGGACAAUAAAGCUGACUGCAGGUGCAAAA